GUGAUGAAGCAAAUGCUAUUAACGAGUCCUGGAUGUUUUUGACGUUCACUUCAGACCUCUCUCCAUACUUGACGGAUUCUGCGGCCUCCCGCUUUUUGAUUGGCAUUAUUCCAGCAAGCCGCUACUUGAUCGACCCUGACUCUGGUACAAAUUUGACGCUUCAAGCUGCGUGUUACCACAUUACGCAAAGCUUCAAUCGACUGAGCCAGCAAGGGGUGAUGAAUCUUCGAGCCUUCGUGACAGGGUUCAAGGGUGACUGGAAGGGGAUCAAGCAGGUGCUGAAUUUCAGACUGGAGUCUAUGGAUUAUGCUUGUACAAAUUUGGAUGAUUCGGCCCCAUUCUGGAGAACGCUUUACACUGAUGAGCCAUGGACAAUUGCACCUGCGUACAGUGGCCUCAAAGGAUAUGAUUUGCGUAUGGUUAUGCCAGAUAUCCUUCACGUAUGGCACCUAGGAGUCGGCCGGGACCUGGCAGGCUCGGCCAUUGUCUUUAUGAUCAAGGAGACUGACAUUUUUCAGGGUGCUAAUCAACAAGAACGUUUGCACAGUGCAACAAUGAGCCUCAAACGAUUUGCGAGAUCUCAGAAGUUGCCCCUGAAGCUCCACAAAUUGAGCAAAACAAAGCUGGGAUGGACUGGGAAGACAUUUCCUGAACUCAAAUCCAGCGGCUACGAUACCUAUGUGACACUCAAGUGGGUGCUUCAGCUUAGCCAUGUCUUUUCUGAUGCCUUACCAAACUCCCUUUGCUCGUGUCUGUGGACAGCUGAUCAUGUCAUUUCGCUGCUUACGAAUGGCGGUCGGUACUUGAGUGAGGAAGAACAAGAGAACAAAGAAGUGUUCGGCAUGGUGUUCCUGAGGGAGUACAUGGCGCUGGCCAACUUAGCGUUGAGUCAAAGGCCGAAAAAUGAGUCUGCGGCUGUUGCGGCCGACUG